AUGCGCUAUCAUGCCCUCAUUCGCACCCAUCAUAUAACCUCCCGUAAGAAAGUUGCAGUACUCAAGCGUGCUGCGAACACUCACCAAUGUGCUGUGCUUCUUCGCUCCGGUGGCUGCCCAGGGAUCAUGUACGUCGAAGGGCAGGACCAGACGCAGGUCGAGUCGUGGGUGAGCGCUGUGCGCAAGCUCCGCUACAAAGAUUUCCAGCUAGUGACCCGGCCGGGUCUCCUGGAACCAGAGGAGUCAGAUCAAGGGACCGAUGAUCUACCCUCGGGCUUGUCCGAGGUCGAGAGUGUGAAGGAUUUUGGGAGUUGGAUGCAACGGCGCAGGGUGUGGCAUUGGUGGAGGAGAGGGAUGGGAUACUCUUAG